AUGCGCAGUGGGCGUCUGGAAGCCACCGCCCAUCAGCUGAGAGCUGUGGCUGCGGACUGUGGGUCCGGGGUCCAGCGGCCGGAGGCGGAGGAGGCAGCCGAGGAGGUCGGGGUGACUGCUUAGAAAACUGCACAGCCACCAACAGCUGAUGAAAUUCGUGAACAAGCACAUUGACCAUGUCUUACACUCCAGGAAUAGGUGGUGACCCUGCCCAGCUGGCCCAGAGAAUCUCAUCCAACAUCCAGAAGAUCACACAAUGUUCUGCGGAAAUACAGAGGACUCUGAAUCAGCUUGGGACACCUCAGGAUUCACCUGAAUUGAGGCAGCAGCUGCAACAGAAGCAGCAGUAUACUAACCAGCUUGCCAAAGAAACAGACAAGUACAUUAAAGAAUUCGGAUCCCUGCCCACCACCCCCAGUGAACAGCGUCAAAGGAAAAUACAGAAGGAUCGCUUAGUGGCUGAAUUCACGACAUCGCUGACAAACUUUCAGAAAGUUCAGAGGCAAGCAGCUGAGAAAGAGAAAGAGUUUGUUGCUCGAGUAAGAGCCAGUUCCAGAGUAUCUGGUGGUUUUCCUGAGGAGAGCUCAAAAGAAAAGAACCUUGUGUCCUGGGAAAGCCAAACUCAACCCCAAGUGCAGGUGCAGGACGAAGAAAUUACGGAAGAUGACCUCCGCCUUAUUCACGAGAGAGAGUCGUCUAUCAGGCAACUUGAAGCUGAUAUUAUGGAUAUUAAUGAAAUAUUUAAAGAUUUGGGAAUGAUGAUUCAUGAGCAAGGAGACAUGAUAGACAGCAUAGAAGCCAACGUGGAAAACGCAGAGGUGCACGUUCAACAAGCGAACCAGCAGCUGUCCAGGGCGGCGGACUAUCAGCGCAAAUCCAGAAAAACCCUGUGCAUCAUCAUUUUUGUCCUUGUCAUCGGAGUUGUAAUUAUCAGUCUCAUCAUAUGGGGAGCGAGCCGCUAAAAUUAUGAAGGAGCACACUAUCGCACUACAUUAUCUAAAUUAUGUAGGAAGAUUCCUGUAAUCAUGUUGUGUUUGUUUUUGUUUGUUUUUUUAAAAGGUAUUGCAUAAAGGAUGGUUCCCAUAUUUUGUUAUUUUUAUUUGGGGGGAAGUUUCCUCUGGAUUAAAUCUGAUAUUUUCUAAUAUAGAAAGUUUUUCUAAAUAUCACUGCUGGCAUAACUUCCAUACUUUUCAAUCUCGUAACUGUUAGGCCGUUGCCCACAUUGUAUAUGCCUUUCAUGUAUAAUUUAUUUAUCCAGUUGACUUAGUUUUUGGAAUUAGUAAAUCUCAAGGUGUGUGCGUUCUGUGUGCAUCUUUCUCUCACAGUGUAACAUGCACCCAGAUUUGUAUUAACCUCAAUUAAAAAUCUCAAAUUUAAUUUUGAUUUGGGCCAGCAGAGGAAAUAGUCUCAAUAUUUUGAAAAAAUUAACAUAUCUGUUUGUGGUGCUUUUUUUUCUGGUUCAUAGCAGCACAAAUUGUCUAUUUAACUUUUAUGGUUGGUUUUGUCUUAAGACCUUUGUUUACUCUGCAUGAAAUCAAUGAAUCAUUUCCUAGUGUAUCUCAUACUCCCAAUGUGUAUAUAUGAAGCAUUUACUGUAGAUUGCCUAGUAGAAUACUAAGGGUAGAUUGUUUCUACAUAGGCUCUAUGUAAGUCUGACAUUUGCUGGGGAAUGUGUAGUCACUAUAAAUGUCAAAAGUAACUUGGGGGAAGAGUGUGACAAAUCAAUACUUACUGUCUUAGAAUUCUAAAGAUCCCGACUUGUUAUUCGCUGUGUAUUUCCACAGUAUUAUCAUGGAAAAUUAAUUACCUUCCUUUAUGUCCUGUAGAAUCAUGGUUACUUUUGUAUCCUUGGGUCAAAAUUACUUUUGACAAGUAACUUUCCCACAAUUGUUGUUUUUGAGCACCUAACCCUUAAAAUUUAGCGUUUUACCUUGCAUACCAUUUUGUAGCAUCCUUCAUUGGAAAAGGAAUUGGAUGUUUGCCAAUUAACUCACUUGCCUUUUUAAAUCACUGUUGUUUUAACGCACUAAUCUGAAAACUGUAAAGAGGACUAUCUUAGUUUAUAGUUUGUAUUUUAUAAUGUUCUUAUAUAGCUGUUUGAUAGUAAAGGCAAUGUUUUACAUGGCAAGCUGUGAGUCUUCAAAUGGGAACAAAUAAAAUAUUAAGUAACUAAGUAAAUUGUGUCUUUGCAACCAAAAUAAAGAUGAUUUCAAAAGUG